GUUUUUCCCUCUACUCGUAUAAACGAGCUCCCGCUCCCUACGAGGCGCAGCUUUUCUCCGUCUCUCAGGCCCCGGGGGGGUCGUUUUCUCCCAUUCCAUUCUACUCGCUUCGCUCUCCCGACAGUCGACUGCCCAUAGGAGAGACAAUGUUAUUAGCCUCUGAAUUUCCCGAGGCCUCUCAGACGAGUGGGCUACGGCCGAACCGAGGCAGCCCAGCGAUAAGAAUCAUCCCUCUUCUUCUCGUUCGUCUUCUCUUAGUUUUAUUCCUAGUUUCUACCCCUCCGCUAUAUUCUGACCAAAUAACAAAGCUAUUCAACCGCUACUUCUGGCGAAACACCGACGCGAAGUUAUAUCGAAGCAAAUUUACGGUAUCGGGAAUCUCCUCGACGCAAAACCGUAUCCCUUUUUUCGAAAGUCUUUCACUUUUCCGAAUUACCUUUCACCGACCGUCGAGAAAUCGAGAAAGAUAAAAGACGGAGAAAAAGAAAAAAAAAAAUCGGAGACGACAAAGGAGACGGUUUUUUAGGGGGUGAAAAAUCAUUGUUAAUCCCGCAUAUCGCGGGAUCGGACCGAUACCCUGCACCGAUGCAACUCGAUCCAUCCCGACUCAAAACCUUUAUCCAAAAAUCCGAAUACCCUCUCACGAAGAAGGGAUGAGGGAUCGGGGCUGCUACGUAUUUUACGCGAUGGACAAGAAGACUGCGCCAAUGAGAGUUCUGUUGAAUUUCGCGCUACUAAUCGGCUCCGCGGUAUCGUUCAACGGCGAAAUCGACGGGGAAAAUUGUCCGAAGAAAUGCAACUGUCAUUAUUUUCGUACCAAUUGGGUGGUGGAUUGCUCGGAACGUAACAUGACCACCGUUCCCGUCGACGAGCUAAGCCGGAACGUCAACGUCGAGGUCUACGUCUUGGAUAUGAACGGAAACAACGUCGCCGAGGUGACACCCUUCCCCGAAGGAAUGCACCUCAGAAGGCUGCAAAUGGCUCACAACCUCAUCACGUCUCUUAAUCGAAGCUCCUUCGCGGGACUCGCUUACCUCCUCGAUGCGGAUUUUUCGUUCAACAGGAUCGCGGACGUGGAUCCCGAAAGUUUCAGCGACAGUCCGGGUCUGAUAACUUUGGAGCUUCAGAACAACCCGCUGAAAAGGGUUGAGGGUAUAUUUUUGAAUUGCCGAUCUCUGCUUUAUUUGGAUUUGAGCGGUUGCGGCAUCGAAAGUUUGAGCGAAGAGUUCUUCUUCAACACAAGUGCCCUGAACAGACUGGAUCUCUCGAGUAAUCCACUAGUAGAAAUCGAGCCCGGUCCGUUCGACCAUUUGGAAAAUUUGGAAUACCUUCGAUUCAACAAUUGCCAAUUGAAAAGCGUGUCGCCGGAGGCGUUCGCAUCGCUAAGGAAUCUCCGUGAAAUCGAUCUGGCUAACAACGAUUUGAAAAUGUUGGAUUGGAAGGGGGUCCUCAGUCCUCUCAUAAGACUGGAACGACUGAACGUGAGAAAUUCGAGCGUCACCAAUUUGCCGGGUGACGCGUUUUCCGAAAAUCUUUAUCUGCGACACCUGGAACUCGCCGACAACGAGCUCCGACAUUUGGACGUUGGUAAUACCCUCGGCCACAAUCUCCACAACCUCAUGUCCCUCGAUCUCUCCAACUGCAUGCUGAAGGACCGAUUGACCGAAGAGGCAUUCGUAAAUGCCAGCAAACUGAGGGUUCUUCAUCUCGACGGUAACCCGUUGUUAGCUUCCGAUUUAACCGCCGUUUUACACCAUCUGCCUAAACUGCAAAUAAUUUCACUGAGCAACUGCGAACUGAGGAGACUUCCCGAGGCCUUUCAGGAUCUGGACAAUCUUCAGGUGUUGAAAAUAUCCCAUAACCCGUUGAACGACGCGUUCGUCGGUCUCCUGAAACCGCCGAAGUCGCUCGAGUACCUCGACAUGUCCUAUUGCAAAUUGGGUCACGUCGGUAACGAUACAUUUUCAAAAAUGACCAUGCUCAAACGCCUGAUACUGUCCGGUAACGAACUUCGCAAACUGGAGCGAGGAAUUUUCGCUAAUCUCACGCGACUCGAGACCCUCGAACUGGAGCGCUGCGAUCUCGAGGGCCCCUUGAAUCCCGAGGUCUUCGGCGACCGUCGUCCCUACGUCAAUAUACGCGAAUUGAAACUGGGCGGAAACCCCCUGGUGGUACCGAAGGAUCUACCCGUUCUACCGGAACAGUUAGCCGGGCUGUCGAUUCUAGAUUUGAGCGACUGCGAGAUUUCCAGUUUUUCGCUAAAUUCGUUCGACAAUACGCCGAAUCUCACCAAUCUGAAUAUCCGCGGUAACAAGAUACAUUCCGCGGACGGCCUCAGUUUCCUCGGAAGGCUUCGGUUUCUGGAAAGCCUCGAUAUCGGCGACAACGCUCUAACCUCGAUCCGACCGAGUCUAUUCGACGGUAAUCCGAAACUCCGUUAUUUGAAUUUGAUCGGUAAUCCAUUCAAAUGCGAUUGUUACAUCGUCGAUAUGUGGGCGUGGGCGGAACGGGACGAAGGUGACAAACAUCUUCUGGCCGGCGGUAGGAGUGCGGAGUUCGUCGCCGGAUCUGCUAAGAUAAAAAAGAGCCUCACGUGCGCCUACGGCGAGAAGGAUUACCAGAAAAUUAUCUCGCGUAACUCGAGCGCUCUCGACGAAAAUCUCUCCAGCGACAACGACGAUUCGACGACGAAGAGAACGUGGGCGAAAUACGUCGACGAAUCCAACUGUCCGACGAAAUGACUGUCGGCGUCCGGCGCCGUGCGAAAAAAUUCCGAUCACCCGAAAACGGAACUCUGAAUUUUGCUUAUCGACGAUCCCGAUUGCCGCGGCGCCGGAUUACUCACGUUCUCAUUUAUUAUCCAUUGACCGAUCUACCCGCACUCGCUGUGAACGAGACAAACUUUUCACCGUAACGAGGGGCUUUCAAUUCAGACUGUCUUUUUCCUCGCAGAAGUCGUUAUACCGAAGAUUAAAUGAGACCGAAUAAUCUUUCCUUAAAUUAGUGACACUUAUUAUGUAUAUUCAUUAUUAUUGUUCUUUACUCAAGUUUUCGAUAAAAUUUCUCAUUUUGUACGCAAGUAAAUAAUUCGUAUAAAAUUGUAUAAAAUU